UGACGUCGCGCUCGUGACGCGCCUGCGUCAUCACCGCGAGCGCCGGCGGCGGCUGAGGGGGGAGAGACCCGGGUCAGGCCGGGGCCGCGCAGCGCUACCGGGAACCGGGGCCGCCGCGCUCCGCUCCGGUUCCCGGCUUCCCGCCGGGCCGAGCGGGGCCGAGCUGAGCUGAAGAGAGGCGGGCACCGGCGAUACAACCGGCGGGGCGAGCGCGGGGGCCGCACGCCGACCCCCGCCGCGGGGCUCCAGGGAUCCGGGAGCGGCGGGCGGCCGUCGGGGAUGUCCUACAAGCCUAUCGCUCCCGCCCCCGCUACCCCCGGAGCCGCCAGCGCCAGCCCCGCCCCGCCGGGGCCCGGGGCACCGUCCGCCGCCACGAGUGUCCCGUCGCCCUCCGGUUCCGUCCCUGGCGCCGCCGCCCCUUUCCGGCCGCUCUUCAAUGACUUCGGGCCGCCGUCCAUGGGCUACGUGCAGGCCAUGAAGCCCCCCGGGGCGCAGGGCUCGCAGAGCACCUACACCGACCUGCUCUCGGUCAUCGAGGAGAUGGGGAAGGAGAUCCGGCCCACCUACGCCGGCAGCAAGAGCGCCAUGGAGCGGCUGAAGCGGGGGAUCAUCCACGCCCGGGCGCUGGUCAGGGAGUGCCUGGCAGAGACAGAGCGAAACGCCCGCACGUAACGGCAGCUGCCACCCGGGACCCCCCGGGACCUCCCGGUGGUGGCGGCGGGGGCGGGGGGGCCGCCGUGCUGCCCGAGCCCCCCCUCCCCGCGCUCUCCGCUCUUUAUAAAUGCGUGUUUUUAUAAAUAAAGGACAAUGUUGGGA